AGGUUAUGAGUAAGACUAUGAAUCUUGUAGGCCUGGAAGAAAUAUUAGUUUUCUUAUUAACCGUGUUCUUAGCCGUGUUGAGAUAAGCAGCAUUUAGUUUCGACGCAAAGCACGAGAAAUCAAAGAUGUGGCAUGUUUACAGGGUUAAAUUAGUUUCGUUUCUGUAUGGAUAACGAUUCUUUCAGCCAAAAAAACAGAAGCAAACGCAUUGUUGGUGACAAUGCUGCGCCACAAUGAGAAAUCUGUAUAAUGUCAAAUAGUUAUUAGACGAUAGACAUCUAAUGAAAUUGCUAUGUUUUACACCUUGAUUUAUACAUCCAAAACAAUGUCGAGUACGGUGAUGCAACAGUUUGUUCAACGACUCAAGUCGAGAAAUGACGAGGCACGUAAUAAAGCGGCACGCGAUUUGUGUCUGUACGUUAAGAGAGAAUUGCGAGAAGCGUCGCAGGAAGAGAUUACAGCUUUUAUGGACGAAUUUAAUCAUCAUAUAUUUGAAAUGGUAUCCGCCUCUGACAUAAACGAGAAGAAAGGUGGUAUACUAGCCAUAGUUUGCCUUAUAGGAGCAGACGUAGGUAAUUUUAACACACGAACGGUACGGUUUGCCAAUUAUCUUAGAAACUUGAUACCUUCCAAUGACGUGGGCGUUAUGCAAUUAGCCGCAAAGACUGUUGGAAAGUUGGCAUUAGUAUCGGGCACUUAUACUGCCGAAUAUGUGGAAUUUGAAGUGAAACGUGCCUUUGAAUGGCUUGGCGCAGACAGACACGAGGGUAGAAAACACGCCGCCGUGCUCGUGCUGAGGGAACUCGCUGUCUCUGUGCCAACGUACUUCUUUCAACAAGUCACGCCGUUUUUCGAGUUGAUAUUCAACGCUAUACACGAUCCUAAACCUGCUAUACGAGAAGGUGCUGUGGAAGCUUUGAGAGCAGCGCUUAUAGUCACCGCUCAGAGAGAAACGGCGAAGCAGAUGCACAAGUCCCAAUGGUACAAGCAGUGCUACGACGAAGUGAUAGAUGGAUUUGCAGAAGUUCACACUAAGGAAAGAGGCAUCAAUAGAGACGAUCGAAUACACGGCUCAUUGCUGGUACUGAAUGAGCUUCUGAGAUGCAGCAACGUGCAGUGGGAGAGGAAUUAUGAAGCUCUAAUGGAGAGAUUGAACGGUUCUACGCAAAAUGAAAACGAUAUACUUUCGUUGAUGCCACGCCUGAAGACAACAAUAGUGUCCAAGUGGGCCGGUUCUACUCAGAACGCCUCCGCGUCUCAACAUACAUUAUAUCCGGCGCACGAAUCAGCGGUUUGCAGGUGUCUGAUGCAAGAAAGGCUGGACGAUAUUUACAACGACGUUAUGAAUCAGAAGAUAUCUAGAAAUCCGCAUAUUCAGCACGCUCUUAUGAUGCUACUACCGAGACUCGCUGCGUUUAAUAAGGAAAAAUUUAUCAAGGAACAUCUGAAGGAGUCUUUGGCGUAUCUUCUGUUGAUUUUACGCAGCCGCGAGAAGGACCGCUACGCCGCCUUCACGUCGAUUGGUUUUAUAGCCGUGGCGGUGGAAGACGCGAUAAAUCCGUAUCUUCCAAAAAUCAUGGAAGUGAUCAAGAGCUUGUUGCCGUCCAAGGAAACGCCGAGCAAGAAACGCAUCACUCUGGAACCGGCGGUAUUCGUCUGCAUUACUCUGCUCAGUCACGCGGUCAAGCAAGUCAUAGCCUCCGAUGUUAGAGACUUGUUGGAUCCCAUGUUUCAAACGGGAUUGAGCCCGAUAUUGACGACGGCGCUGAGAGAACUGGCGCACAGCAUUCCGUCUUUGCAAGUGGAUAUAUCUCAAGGUCUCUUGCGAAUGUUAUCCCAGGUGUUGAUGCAAAAGCCGUUGAGACACCCCGGAGCUCCGUGGACGGCGAGCAGCCCUAACGCCACAGCGGACGACGUCUCGUCGACGGUACUCGCGCUCAAGACUCUCGGCACGUUCAACUUUGAUAAUAAUCCGCUGUUGCAGUUUGUCAAGAGAUGCGCGGAGCUUUUGACGUCGGAACAGGCGGAAGUCCGGCUGGAAGCUGUGAAGACGUGUUCCAGAUUACUGAGAUUAACGUUGAAUCAGUCUGGUCCUACAGUGACCACCACCGUCUCGACCGUUCUCGACAAACUGCUGGUGGUGGGUAUCACCGACACGGAUCCCGAUGUUCGUCUGUGGGUGUUGGCCUCGUUGGACGAUUCCUUCGAUGUGCAGCUGGCGCAGGCGGAAAAUUUAUCCGCCCUGUUUAUCGCUAUGAACGACGAGAUGUUUGAGAUAAGAGAACUGGCGGUUCGCACCGUCGGGCGACUCAGCACGUUAAAUCCUGCUUACGUCAUGCCGUCGUUGAGAAAGACUUUGGUGCACUUUCUCACGGAGUUGGAGCAUUCGGGAAUGGGCCGUAACAAGGAGCAGGCCGCGCGGAUGUUGGAUCAUCUGGUUGUCACCGCGCCGAGACUCGUCCGACCGUACAUGGAGCCAAUCUUGAAGGUCCUCGUACCGAAGCUGAAGGAAUCCGAUCCGAAUCCCGGUGUAAUACUGGCCGUUCUGCGCGCGAUCGGUGACUUGGCAGAGGUGAACGGCGCCGAGAUGCAGCAAUGGAUGCCCGAGCUCUCGUCGAUAUUGCUCGAGAUGCUGGUGGAUGCCAGCUCGCCUGAGAAGAGGGGAGUGGCGCUCUGGGUUUUUGGCCAGUUGGUGGGUAGCACGGGUCACGUGGUGAAGCCGUAUAUGCAGUACCCGUCCCUGCUCGACGUGCUCAUUAACUUUCUCAAGACCGAGCAGCAGCCGAUCAUCAGGCGGGAGACUAUCAGAGUGCUCGGAUUGUUGGGCGCGUUGGAUCCUUACAAGCACAAGAUGAACCUCGGGCAGAUCGAUUGCCAGCUGGACACGCUCACCUCGAUGGCCGACACCAAGUGCGACGUGGAGAAUACUCAGGACCUGACGACCAGCGAGAUGCUGGUGAACAUGUCGCCGUCCACGUUGGAGGAGUUUUAUCCGGCGAUCGCCAUCACGACGCUCAUGAGAAUCAUUCGCGAGCCGACCUUGUCGCAGCAUCACACCAUGGUCGUACAAGCUGUGACCUUCAUAUUCAAGAGUCUCGGUAUAAAGUGCGUGCCGUACAUCUCUCAGGUGAUGCCGAGCUUCUUGAAUGUAGUACAUAUGGCGGAUAUGAACUUUCGAGAGUUCCUGUUCCAACAACUCGCCGUUCUCAUCGCCAUCGUGAAGCAACAUAUACGCAACUACUUGGACGAUAUAUUUGCUUUGAUCAAAGAAUUCUGGACUGUGAACAGUCCGUUGCAGGGCACGUUGAUUCUUUUAGUCGAACAGAUUGCGGUGGCUCUCGGCGCGGAGUUCAAGAUCUACCUGCCGCAGCUGAUGCCGCCGAUACUGAGGGUGCUGACGCACGACAACAGCAAGGAUCGCGGGGUGACGGUGAAGCUGCUUCAGGCUUUGCAGACAUUCGGCAGCAAUCUGGAUAAUUAUCUGCACCUCGUUCUGCCGCCAAUCGUGAAGCUGUUCUACGCGAACGACUGCCCGCUAGCCGUGAAUAAAGUCGCUCUCGAGACGGUCGAUUUACUGGCGGAUACGCUGGACUUUACGGAUUUCGCAUCGCGAAUCGUCCACACCCUGGUGCGUACGUUGGACCAAUGCCCGGAGCUGAGAAGCACGGCCAUGGACACGCUUUGCGCUGUCGUAAUGCAACUGGGCAAAAAAUAUCAAAUCUUUAUCGUGCUGGUUCAGAAAAUUAUGACAAAGCACAAGAUAGUCAAUUCCAGGUACGACGUUCUAGUCGACAAAAUUCUCACCGACACGACCGUGGCGGACGGCGAGGAUUUCCUGCUGAUGAGACUGCGACAUUCGCGCAACAAGAAUCGCGAGCUUUCCCUCACGCCCUCGGAAACAACAACAAUCAAGAGGCUACACGUAUCGGCUUCGAACUUGCAGAAAGCAUGGACGGCAACGCGCCGAGUGUCCAAGGACGACUGGCUCGAGUGGCUGCGAUGCUUCUCCAUCGGUUUGCUCAAGGAAUCCCCGUCGCCGGCUCUUAGAUCGUGCUGGGCGCUGGCGCAAACAUACGCCGUAUUGCCACGCGAUUUGUUUAACGCGGCAUUCGUCUCGUGCUGGACCGAAUUGAACGAGAAUUAUCGCACGGAACUAAUACAGACUCUGCAUCAAGCGUUGAUGGUUCCGGAUCUGCCUACCGAGGUGACGCAGACCAUUCUGAAUCUAGCCGAAUUUAUGGAGCACUGCGACAAGGGUCCUUUGCCGUUGGAUAACAAGAUCCUGGGGGAUACGGCUAUGCAUUGUCGCGCAUACGCCAAGGCGUUGCACUACAAGGAGGACGAAUUUCACAAGAGCAGAAGCAGCAGCGUAUUCGAGUCCUUGAUCUCCAUCAAUAACAAACUGCAGCAAAAAGAGGCGGCCGAAGGCUUGCUGGAAUACGUGAUGAAUCAACACAAUCAGCAGGAUCUAAAAGUUCAGGUACGUUGGUACGAGAAACUUCACAACUGGGACAAGGCGUUGCAGCUGUACCAGGAACGGCUUGAGAGCGACUGCACGGAUGUGGAGUCCACCUUGGGACAGAUGCGUUGUCUGGAGGCUCUCGGCGAAUGGGGUCAACUGCACGAAGUUGCUACGAAACAAUGGUCGAAUCAAAUGGACGAUAUCAAGCAGAGGAUGGCGAGGAUGGCAGCAGCCGCGGCGUGGGGUCUAGGUCAAUGGGAGAGUAUGCAGAGGUACGUCUCACUGAUAUCGAAGGACACGCAGGACGGAGCGUUUUACAGAGCGGUGUUGGCGAUCCACGACGAGCAGUACAACGUCGCGCAUCAGCUUAUCGACAGUGCCAGGGAUCUGCUGGACACCGAGCUGACCGCCAUGGCUGGCGAGAGCUAUCAGCGAGCGUACAAUGCCAUGGUGGAGGUGCAGAAGCUGGCCGAAUUGGAGGAGGUGAUACAGUUCAAGCUGGUGCCGGAACGGAGGGCGGCCAUCAAGGCCAUGUGGUGGGAGAGGCUUCAGGGUGGGCAGAGGAUAGUGGAGGACUGGCAGAAGAUCAUACAGGUGCAUACGUUGGUGGUUUCGCCGCAGGACGAUAUGUACACGUGGCUGAAAUAUGCCAGUCUUUGCCGGAAGAGUGGCAGCUUGAUGCUGUGUCACAAGACACUGGUGAUGUUGAUGGGUAUGGAUCCCUCUUUGACUCCAGAUCAGCCACUGCCGACGACUCAUCCGCAAGUAACGUUCGCUUACUGCAAACACUUGUGGGUCGCGAACAAGCGCGAGGAAGCUUACGGUCAGUUGCAGCGCUUCGUGCAGUCUUACUUACAGCCAGCCACGUCAGCGAUAAUAAACCAAGAGGACGAGAAGCAGCACGAGAGCAAGAAGAGACUGCUCGCGAGAUGUUACCUCAAGCUCGGCGAGUGGCUGGAGGCUUUGCAAGGCAUAAACGAGCACUCCAUUCCCGCGGUACUGUCUUACUACGCCGCCGCGACGGAACACGAUCCCACGUGGUACAAAGCGUGGCACGCCUUCGCUUACACCAACUACGAGACAGUUUUAUUCUACAAGCAUCAACAGGGCAACAAUUCCGCGGCUGCGGAAACCGCACCCGGCAAUGGAGCGCGCAAUAAUCUCUCCGGCUCGCAAUAUAUAUCUCAAUUCACUGUUCCAGCUGUCGAGGGGUUCUUCAGGUCCAUCAAUUUGUCGGAUGGCAAUUCCUUACAGGAUACUCUCCGUCUGCUGACGCUCUGGUUCGAUUACGGCCAGUCGACGGAGGUGAACGAAGCUGUUGUCGAGGGCAAGAGGUUAAUAGAGAUAAAUACGUGGCUGCAAGUGAUCCCGCAGCUCAUAGCCAGGAUCGAUACACCUAGGCUGGUCGGCCGUAGCAUACACCAUCUUCUCAUAGAUAUAGGAAAGACACAUCCUCAGGCUUUAGUUUAUCCAUUGACGGUGGCCUCGAAGAGCGCCAGUCACGCGAGGAAGACCGCAGCCAACAAAAUCUUGAAGAGCAUGUGCGAGCACAGUCCGACGUUGGUUCAACAGGCGAUGAUGGCGAGCGAUGAGCUCAUCAGGGUCGCGAUCUUGUGGCACGAAUUGUGGCACGAAGGCUUGGAGGAAGCUAGUAGAUUGUACUUUGGCGAGAGGAAUGUUCGGGGCAUGUUCGAUACGUUGGAACCGUUACACGCUAUGCUCGAAAGGGGGCCGCAAACUUUGAAAGAGACGUCUUUCAAUCAGGCUUAUGGAAGGGAUUUAAUGGAGGCGCAAGAAUGGUGUCACAGAUACAAAGCGUCUCGAAACGUCAGAGAUUUGAAUCAGGCUUGGGAUUUGUAUUAUCACGUAUUCCGGAGGAUUUCUCGACAAUUGCCGCAACUGACCAGUUUGGAACUGCAAUACGUUAGUCCGAAGUUGCUGCUCUGUCGAGACUUGGAGCUGGCUGUACCAGGAAGCUACAGUCCCGGCCAACCUAUAGUGAGAAUAGCGAGCAUUCAUAGCUCUAUGCAAGUGAUAACUAGCAAACAGAGACCGAGGAAGCUGUGCAUUAAAGGUAGCAACGGUAAGGAUUAUAUGUUCCUACUAAAAGGUCACGAAGAUUUAAGACAAGAUGAAAGGGUGAUGCAAUUAUUCGGUCUGGUAAACACUCUUUUGUUACACGACCCGGAUACAUUCCGAAGAAAUCUUACUAUUCAAAGAUACGCUGUGAUCCCGUUGUCCACAAACAGUGGGCUUAUCGGCUGGGUGCCGCAUUGUGAUACGCUUCAUACUCUUAUUAGAGAUUACAGGGAGAAGAAAAAGAUAUUACUGAACAUCGAACAUAGGAUAAUGUUACGAAUGGCACCCGAUUACGAUCAUCUCAUGCUUAUGCAAAAAGUCGAAGUGUUCGAACACGCGCUCGAGCAUACGCAUGGCGACGAUUUGGCGCGACUUUUGUGGCUAAAGUCGCCGUCGAGCGAGGUAUGGUUCGAUCGCAGGACGAAUUACACGCGCUCUCUGGCUGUGAUGUCUAUGGUGGGAUAUAUACUCGGUCUUGGCGAUCGACAUCCGUCUAACUUGAUGCUGGAUCGUCUCAGCGGUAAAAUCUUGCACAUUGACUUUGGAGAUUGUUUCGAGGUGGCGAUGACGCGCGAAAAAUUCCCGGAGAAGAUACCGUUCCGGUUGACGCGAAUGCUAAUCAACGCGAUGGAGGUGACUGGUAUCGAGGGAACUUAUAGAAGAACUUGCGAGUCCGUGAUGUCUGUGUUGCAUCGAAACAAGGACAGCCUAAUGGCGGUCCUAGAAGCGUUCGUUUACGAUCCUCUUCUCAAUUGGAGAUUGAUGGACAAUGCAGUGCCCAAAGGCAAGCGAUCGGAUGCUCAGGGUAUGAGCGCCAGCAGCAGUCAGGAACAUGGUGAUAUGCUGGAUUCUCUUACCGCCACAUUGCCAAAAAAAGGUGUACCGUGUAGCAUCGAAAACGGAGCUGAUAAUCAACCGGAAGCGCUGAACAAGAAAGCUUUAGCUAUUAUAACGAGAGUCAGGGACAAAUUGACGGGACGCGAUUUUUCGCACGAAGAGUCUCUCAGCGUACGACGACAAGUCGAUCUAUUAAUCCAACAGGCUACGAAUAACGAGAACCUUUGUCAGUGCUACAUUGGAUGGUGUCCAUUUUGGUAAAAGUGAGAUAAAUCAUCUCACCGAGGUGAAGCCAAGAUGAAGUACUUAUGCAAUUACCAGCUUUUGCAUUUAUAGUCUUACAAAAUUAUUAUUUACGUUUAACUUUAUGAUAAUCGUAUGAUGUGUACAUAUAUAUAAUGUAUUAUUGUUGGUUUGUAUGUAUAGAAUAACGAUCACAAUCAUAGUAAAUAGAUGUACAGAUUAGCAACAUCA